UAUCAGUUCGUCAUUUGUGCCUGACUGUUACGCGAGAUUACUUAUUGUAUUUGUUCAUUUCGCAAACGCAUUGCUGACGUUGUUUUGUGUAAAGUGUUAUAAAUAAUAAAUAAAGGCAUCAAUACUGCAUUCAACAUGUUUGCCGAGAGUGGACUUAUUUUGACGACGAUUUUGUCGUGCGCCUGGGCUGGAACGGUGCCAGUCGUUUCCUACGACGGCGGCGCGGGCUAUCUCGAGAACUCGGGCUACCAUCACGGCCUGGUCAAGGAGGGUCCCGUCGUGACCCCCGUCUUGGGCAUCGGGGAUCAUUAUCAACAUCAUCAGCCGGCGCUGCACCAAGUCUACGGCAAUUCCCUGAACGCCGGCUCGGGCUACGGACUGCAGCAGUACCACCCGACCGGCUACAUCGGAGGGCUAAAUGGCGUCUAUCAUCACGGACAUCAUCCCAGCGAAGUUGCCGCUCUUCAUGGCGAGGCUCAUCAUCACGUCGGCGACGGCGACGGCCAUCACGAAGACACUUACGCCUACCCGAAAUACGCUUACAAUUACGGAGUGAGCGACCCCCACACCGGUGACGUGAAAUCCGCCCACGAGGAGCGAGACGGCGACGUAGUCAAGGGAUCUUACUCGGUCAACGAGCCCGACGGCACCAUCCGCGUGGUCGAAUACACGGCCGACGAUCACAAUGGCUUCCAAGCCGUGGUGAAAAAGAUCGGGCACGCGGUGCAUCCUGCGCCCGUCCAUCAUCACGCUGCAGGCCACGUCGUAGCCGCCGCGCCCGUUCAUCAGUCUCUUAUUCAUCCCGUGGUGGCGUCACCCGCUCACGGCUACGGCUAUGGAAUCGGCCAUGGAUACGACAGAAAGUGAGACGACGACGACGACGACGCGGGCACACCACGAUUAUAUGCACAACGCACAACGCGGCGGUGCGAAGCUCGCUCGACCUCGCUCUCGUAACGUAGCGGCAGAUUGAUAUUGCCGUGUUUUCAAAUAACUAGCGACGAUGCACUAUAUGAGUAUAUAUUAUACACGUGGACGAGAUUAUCAACGCAAAGUAUUAUUUUUUAUCCUGUAUUUUGUAUGUAUAGCCAAAGCGAUCAAGCCAUUCGUUGCCAGCGGUACAGAUUCUGUAUUCUAUUUUACAUCGAAUUGAAUAAAACACUUUUAUACAGAUA